UGUUGUUAAUUUAGGAGUAGGGAGACCUCUAGUGGUCAAAUGCACUUGCAGUAACGUUAUUUUGUGCCUGCGGGGUUUCCGUAGUUAGUUCAGAACGACAUUGAUGAGUUACUCAGACACGUUUUUUACUACUCAGUUUUACAUGGCCAGAAAACAUUUGCCUUUUUACAGUGUUUCCAAGUAAAACAUUUAAAAGGAACAUCAGCGUCAUUCUUGGGGAAACUGUUGUCUGUCUGCCCAGCAAAUGUAACCGUCUAACCACCUCACACACGAGCGGGGGCAGAACAGUAAAAAGGCAACUCUUCCAACGGCCAAUAAUCGUUCUGUAAGUAGAAAACAAAACAAUCAUCACCACACAAAGAAACGAAGAAAUGGAUUUUGAAGAACUAGAGACACGGUCACAAAUAUCCAACUGUUCAAGAACAAACAAACGCUCUGUAGCUAAUUCCCUCGCUUUAAAAGCACGGGCUAAAGCAGAAGCUGCGCACAGCUGGCGUUUGCUAAGCGAGAGGCUGAGCUAUUAAAACAACAAGCUAUACUACACGCCAGUUUGCAUGAACUGAAACUAGAAAAGGCUGCGGCAGCCGCAAUUGCAGAAGCUGAAAUGCUAGAAGCAGCUGCCGAAGAUGAUUAUGAACUGUUAAGCCCACUUCAGCCAAUUAAAGCCAACAUGCUGUCUCAGACCCCAUCUGAACUUAAUGGUGAAAGUGCUACUGCGCAGACCCCUGUUCAAUAUCCAGGCCAUCAGUCCUAUCAGAGUGGAAGAACAAUCAAUACAUUAGUCACAGUCUCACCUCCCGAUGCAAAGCCACCUACAACUCCACACACACCAGUGCACCAAUCUAACAUGGACAGCGGUGAAGUGAAGAGCUGUGAGAACCAAGGUGAUACAACAUCGAGUGAAAUCAGUGACUAUGAGUUCCUCGAAUUGGCUCGACAACGCUCGUCCAGAGGAGAAGCUACCUGGAAUUCGAAUCCGGUCACUAGCACUGUAAAUGCAAGACAACCACACAGCUAUAGAGAACUUCCCCACAACAUUAAACCCAUCAGCGAUGAUUACAAGCCUCCCUUGCCAUAUCAAGCGCAUCCACUCCCUAUGUAUGACACGAGGCAAUACAGUACUGCAGCUACAACUGAUUUAGGCAAGUACCUGAUGCGACGUGAGCUGGUGAGUUCAGGCCUGCUAAAGUUUGAUGAUAAGCCAGAGAAUUACUGGGCCUGGAAAGCAUCUUUCCUCAGUUCUACUGAUGACCUAAAACUCUCUGCUAGAGAGGAGCUUGAUCUGCUAUGUAAAUGGCUAGGUCCAUCAUCGUCUGAGCAAGCUAAAAGAAUUAGAGCAGUACAUAUUCAUAAUGCACCAACAGGCCUCGAGAUGUUGUGGCAAAGAUUGGAAGAUGUUUAUGGCUCACCUGAGGUCAUCGAAAACGCCCUCCUCAAAAAAGUUGAAGAUUUCCCCAAAAUCUCAGCCAAAGACAACCACAAACUAAGAGAGCUUGGAGACACUCUCAUGGAACUAGAAGCAGCUAGGGCCGACGGGUACUUACCUGGCCUGUCGUAUCUCAACACCUCCCGUGGAGUCAGCCCGAUUGUCCAGAAACUACCGCACAACCUACAAGAAAAGUGGAUUACUGUAGGAUCACGUUACAAAGAACAACACAAGGUGCCCUACCCUCCAUUUGUUGUCUUCGUGAACUUCAUCAUUGAACAAGCAAAAAUGCGCAAUGACCCCAGCUUUGCCAGCAUAACGGGAGCAUGGUGUGCCAUCAAGACAGAAAAAAGUGUUUUCCAGUCAUCCAGUCAUCACGCGAGAACAUCAGUUGCUGUAAGAAAGACUGAAGUCUCAACAAGUAGUGGUGACAGCACAACAACAAUUAGCAGAGAUGAUGAUCCUGACAAACAGUGCCCGCUACAUAACAAGCCUCAUCCACUGAGAAAGUGCCGCAGCUUCAAAAAUAAAACAUUGGAUGAAAGAAAAGCACAUCUGUUUCAGGUGCUGUGCGUCAUCUAAACAUCUUGCCAAAGACUGUGACAAGCCUGUGGAGUGCAAAGAGUGCAACAGCAACAGACACCCGUCAGCGCUACAUCCUGGGCCCGCCCCAUGGAAAACUGAUGCCCAUGUGAGUACUACAGAUCAUGGCGGGGAGCGGCAGCAGCUGGAGGUUGUUCCAUCGGUGACGUCCAAAUGCACUGAAAUCUGUGGGAGUGUGAACACUUCAAAAUCAUGUUCCAAGAUCUGUCUCGUCCUGGUGUAUCCUGCAGGGCAAAGAGACCAAGCUAUGAAGACCUAUGCUGUUCUUGACGAACAAAGCAACAAGUCACUUGGCAGAACAGAAUUCUUUGAACAUUUUGGGGUCAAAGGAGCAGGAGCGAGAUACACUCUGAAGACAUGCUCAGGGGUGGUUGAGACUGCCGGGCGACGCGCCAGUAACUUCAUUGUGGAAUCAUUAGACGGCAAUGCCCACAUUGCCUUGCCUACUCUGAUUGAGUGUGACAUGCUACCAGACGACAGGUCUGAAAUACCAUCACCAGAGGUAGCCAGACAUCAUCCUCAUCUCAAGCACCUUACAGACAAAAUCCCAGCCCUGGACCCAGAUGCGUCAAUCUUACUUCUCCUUGGACGGGACUUAAUCCAGGUGCAUAAAGUACGAGAACAAUGUAAUGGGCUUCCCAAUGCACCGUUUGCCCAGCGACUCGAUCUUGGAUGGGUGAUAAUAGGAGAUGUGUGUCUGGGAAGAACACACAAAGCCGCCAGUGUCAGCGUCUUCAGGACCAGUGUGCUAACGAGCGGGCGCCAUUCCAUCCUGAGCCCAUGCACCAGCAGGUUAGUAGUAAAAGAGAAGAUUGAUAAACCUGUGCCACCCCACAUAUCCCCAGGUGUUUCUUAUGUAGCCAGUGUCAGCUAUGAGGUAGACCGCUUGGGCAGAAAUGUGUUUCAAAGAACGCAGCAUGACGACAAGCUUGGCAUGUCCAUCGAAGAUGAGCUGUUCCUUGACCUCAUGGACAAAGAGGUCUACAUGGAUGAAGCAAAUUGCUGGGUAGCACCUCUCCCUUUCAGGUCAAACAGGCCGCGUCUACCUAACAACAGACGACAUGCUGUCAACCGUCUCACGUCCCUACUCCGCAUGCUAGAAAAGAAACAAGGCAUGAAAGAACACUUCUUCAGUUUCAUGCAAGCAAUGUUCAAUUCCGAUCAAGCAGAACCCGCCCCAGCGCUGACUGCAGAACAGGAACGUUGGUACCUACCAAUAUUCGGUGUCUAUCACCCACAGAAAAAAGACCAAAUACGUGUGGUGUUCGAUUCCAGCGCCAAGCACGAGGGCCUCUCUCUCAAUGAUGUCCUUCUUAAAGGGCCUGACAUGAACAACACACUGCUGGGAGUCCUCAUGCGU